AUGCCAAAGGUCAUUCUUAUCAACGGUCACAGUGGAAGUGAUACGUCGCUACUGGAGAUCACUACGAGUUACCCUGGAAGCUACGAGACAUCGCUCGUGAGAAAGGUUCGAGGCAUCAACCUUCGAGAGUGGGUGUUUCGGACGAAACGCAAGGCUGAUGGCUUCGUGGAGCGCUAUAAGGCUAGGCUGGUUGCCAAGGGGUUUAAUCAGGUAGUCGGAGAAGACUUUUUUGUAACGUUCAGCCCAAUUGUCAAGCCUACCAUGGUUCGUUUGCUCCUCUCUAUGGCUUUAUCUCGUGGUUGGACUCUCCGGCAGCUUGACGUGCACAAUGUGUUUUUAAAUGGUAAUUUAGUGGAACUAGUUUAUAUGCGCCAACCCCUGGGAUAUUCUGAUUCUACUUUUCCUAGUUAUGUUUGCGUAUUACAGCGUUCCUUGAAUGGUUUGAAGCAGGCUCCGCGAGCCUGGUUUAAGAGGUUGCAUGAUUUCCUUUUGUCUGUGGGAUUUAAGGCAUCUAAGACAGACGCCUCCUUGUUUUAUUAUUCUGCAGGGGAUUCUCAGGUUUUCCUAUUAGUUUAUGUGGAUGACAUCCUAUUAAUGGGUAGUGAUUCCAUACUGGUUUAUGAGCUUAUGAAGUGGUUGGCUUCUAAAUUUAAGUUGCGUGAUAUAGGGACACCUAGUGUUUUCCUUGAGAUAGAGACUAUGCCGUUUGAAAGGGGUUUGCUCUUGUCUCAGCGCAGGUACAUGUCUGGCAUUUUGAAGCGUGCAGGGAUGUCAGACUACAAGCCGCUUGCUACGCCUAUCUCGGUGUCUCGGUCUGUCUCGUUGUUUGACAAUUUGACCCAGUAUCGGAGUUUGGCGGGUGCGUUGCAGUAUCUCACUGUUAAACGACAAGAUCUCUCGUUUGCGGUGAACCAGCUGUGUCAGCAUAUGCAUUCUCCCACGGUUGCGCAUUGGACCAUGCUGAAGCGUGUGCUACGGUAUGUCAAAGGGACUUUGAUGUAUGGUUUACGGUUGUGUGCCUCUGAUUCCUUUGACUUGCAUGCCUACUCUAAUUCGGACUGGGCUAGAAGUCUAGUUGAUCGGAAGUUAACCAAUGGUUUUGCAGUUUUUAUUGGCUGUAAUAUGGUGUCAUGGGUCUGUUGCAAGCAGCGUACGGCUGCGCGGUCUUCUACUAAAGCUAAGUACAAGGGGCUCGCUGAUGUGGCUGCAGAGGUCAUGUGGAUUGUCUCCCUGAUGCGAGAGCUUGUCUCCAUUCAUCUACCUCUCCUAAGUUGUGGUGUGAUAAUUUAG